AUGGACACCACAGAUAAAAAAAUCGAGCGGGCUGAGAUCGACGCCGACGCCCAACCCUCGUCAUGGGAAGAAAAACGGAAGACCUCGACGGAGGAAGAGAGGCCCGCGACAUCAGGAACGAUGUCGUCAGGGUCCAGUAGCUCUAUUGAUUACGACCCACAAUUCCAUAGACUCCACUCGCGAAACACAGAGCUCGACCUGGAGCGCAAUCGAACCAAUGUCUCUAGGUCAUUAAGUCGGAUUGAAACUCAGCGCCUUCAGCAUCAGGUCACUGUUGGCGAGAGCGUGAAGUCGCGAGCCUCCAAAACACCACUGCCGGCAUUUGGUGCGGGGAAGCCCUACCCUCCACACCUGCCUAACCGUGAGGAUUAUGUCGUUGAAUUUGACGGCCCAGAUGAUCCUAUGUACCCUAAAAACUGGCCCACAAUAGUCAAGAUUUAUACUACCGCCAUGCUUGCUUUUACCAGUAUCUGUUCAACUUUCGAUUCCGCAGUCUUUAGCUCUUCAUCGGAAAAUGUUGCGUCGCACUUUCACGUUGGCCUGGAGGUCUCCGUCCUAUCUAGCACCCUAUACAUUGCCGGUUAUGCCUCGGGUCCGUUGAUCUGGGCGCCAUUGUCAGAGCUCAAGGGUCGUCGCCCAGGUAUCGUCGUUGCCAUGCUGGGAUUUGGUAUCUUCAACACCGCCGUUGCUGUCUCCAAGGACAUUCAGACCCUCAUGAUUUGUCGCUUCUUCUGCGGUAUCUUUGGCAGUUCACCACUGGCAGUCGUGGCAGCAGUCUUCUCGGAUAUAUACGAUAAUCGCACUCGUGGUAUCGCAAUUGCAUUCUUCUCCGGUACAGUGUUUUUGGGACCUCUUAUUGCGCCCUUCAUUGGUGGAUACAUCAACAUGUCAUAUCUGGGUUGGCGCUGGACGGCCUGGAUCCCUGCAUUCAUGGGCUAUGCGGCUUUCAUCAUGAAUCUUUUCUUCCUGAAAGAGUCGUACCCACCUGUCGUUUUGAUUGACAAGGCUUCAGAACUGCGACGUCGCACUAAGAACUGGGGAAUCCAUGCGAAGCAAGAAGAGAUUGAGGUCGACUUCCGGGAAUUGAUUAUUAACAACUUCUCGCGUCCACUCAAGCUUCUCUUCUACGAGCCUUUGAUCUUGGCUGUUACGAUCUACCUAAGUUUCAUCUACGGCUUGCUUUACUGCUUCCUGACCGCGUACACCCUGGUCUUCGAGGGUGUGUACGGCUUCAAUGCCGGAGAAAGUGGUCUGCCUCUGUUUGGCCUUGUUGUCGGUCUCAUCAUUGCCGCAUCGUAUGUUGUCUAUUCUGCGAAGGGUUAUAACCGAAAGUUGGAUGCCAACGGAGGCGUCCCUAUUCCUGAAUGGCGUCUGCCCCCGGUCAUAGUCGGUGGUGUUCUUUUCGCUGCUGGACUUUUCUGGUUCGGAUGGACUGGGUUCAGCGGCACUGUUCACUGGAUUGCACCUACCUUGAGUGGACUGUUCACUGGAUUUGGUCUCUUGAUCAUCUUCAUUCAAUUGUUUAACUACCUGAUUGAUACCUACUUGAUGUUCGCCGCAUCGGCCAUUGCCGCAAAUACCUUCUGCCGGUCAAUGGUGGCAGCGAGCUUUCCACUUUUUUCACGCCAAAUGUUCGAUGGCAUGGGCAUCCAAUGGGCUUCUACUCUUCUUGGAUGCGUCGCAGCUGUCCUAGUCCCUAUCCCUAUUGCGUUCUAUUUCUUCGGCAAGAGACUCAGAAUGAAGAGCAAGUUUGCUCCAUUCUUCGAGCCUGCGGCGGAGGCGGCUUGUGGUGACGAAGACCUGACCGAAGCAACCGAAAAUGCCGAACAUUCUUGA